CCCAUUCUUGUGCGAGUUUUUAAAAAGCACUUACUUUCUAUGGCCCUAUAAAGUACUCUUCUGRUUUUUAUGUCAUAAGAAGCUAAUGCUGACUUUUGGCUACAGUCUUAGAGACUCUUCCAUUCGUAAAAAAGCCAAUAAACAUACUAAAUACGCCAAGAAUGUGUCGAUUGUGUCCAGUUCCGGAGUGGAGUGAACCCAUCAAAGUGGCUGUCGCUGACCUACCAUCUUAUUUUGCCAAGCAAAUCAGCUGGAAUUUUGAGCGUCUAAACUUUGGAAACGGAGCUGUAAUAGACACAGAUUCAGGACGAGCUGAAAGGCCUACGAUUACAGGAAAAGUGGGUUGUAAACUUAAAGAUGGGAUGCGACCUUUGUGUAAUCGAUCCAACAUAGAUCGGUAUCUCUUGGUCAGCGAGUGUCUUUUUUGUCCAGGCAGAAGGUAUGGAUGUACUCCAAGAGCCAACUGCACAGGAAAGCGACGACACUGCUAUGCGCAAUGCAAGGUUAGCAUUUAUGGCGACGAUCCUUUGAUGUCGGAGAUAUAUUUCUCUGGGAGUCAUGGAGCUGGGAACAUCGAUGAUGUAAAUAAACACCGCGUUCCAGCCGCCGUUAGAAAUCAACUGAAGCGCAAAAGGCUGGAAGGAGCGAGCCCCGAUGAAGCGUUGAUGUGGUUCAAGAAGUACGUAGAGGAGCAAGGAUUGAAUUCUGAAGACCCGCGCAUAGUACCGAAUGGAAAUCAAGUGCGUCACAUGUUGAAACGCAUUAAACCAGCAAUAGGGCCAUCUAUGGCUACAACRCAUAGCGCCAUAUCGACAACUGAACCCACUGUGGCAUCCAAGUCAACACAACAGAUGUUCACAUCACAUGGAACCAAGACCGAGGCUAACUCAGCGGAAAUGUCAUGGUCGUCAGUCAGCAUGACAGAUGGAAAUGGUGACACUUCAGAUGAUGACAGUACGCAAACUUGUAUUUCCUCAACCCCAAACUGCAGUUCGUCAAAUACAGUCCAUGUUACGUUUACCCCUCUGAAUUCACCACUUAACACACCAUAUUCAGUGCAGCCAUCACAGUAUGGUACUUUGAACAUGGCAAGUACUGCCGAUGCCUCUAGAGCGCUAUCAUCACAACCUGCUACUAUACUUUUCGCUUCCACGCCAGUCAGAACUAUGAGUAAUCAUGACAGUAAAAGAAACUCAGGCUGCAGCAUUGCAAAUUCUCUUGGGUUGUCGAAGAGAGAGGCCAACUUGCAGCUUGAAGGCAAAACACAAGAAAUAACUAUCCUCAAACAUCACAUUCGUAUCCUGGAACAAGAAAACCUGAACAAGAUAUCUCAUAUUGCAGAACUGGAGACUCAGCUUCACGCAAUGAAGGAAAGAGACGUCUCAAGGCUGGAGAACCAAGUCCAAAGACUAGAAACUGAAAACCUUAAAAAAGAUGUGAAGAUAUUGCAGCUUGAGAAACAAGUACAAGUUCUGCUGCAGCAACAGAACUUGAGUCCAACAGUGGUUGACAAUGGUGUUCAAGACUCUGAGGUCACCAUUCCCAAUCUGCAGCAGAUUCACAUUGAGAYGAGGAAUUCUAACAACGAAGGGAGUGAAAGUCCCGAGGCAUAGAUGGUAUAUUGUAGAUAUAUAGUAGUAAUGUAUAAUAGGUAUAUGUAUAGAAUAAUGACAAAGGGGUUGUUUACAUGAGACCGGAAGAAUCAUACCACUAUUAAUUAGACAUGAUAACUGAGAAGUGAAARAGGAUCUUGUCCACCACAGGAAUCCCAAUAUCACUAUUCUAUUGUUCAUUGUACACAAGACAUAAAUGUAUAUGUGUACAUGUUUUGAGUCAGGAUCAAAUGCAAUCCAAGUACUACCGUCUUCUUAUCUGUCAACAGGAAGGUACUCAUAGUUGUAUGAUCCUUGGUCCUCCACACRUCCAACCCUCUCCUCCCMAAAAAUAAUCCCUUAAAAAUGUCCAUAUAAACAGAAUGCAGUAUAUUCACRUGGGUAGGAUGACUGGUCCCAUGUAAGCAUCCCCUAAAGUAACAGAUAAUUUUUUAAAUAGAGUGUAAAUUUAUUAUUAAUAGAAUGAUACAUUUGCAACAAAAAUGAUAGAUUUGUGUUAGACUGUGGAGGUCCUUUCUCGUCUCUACCCUUGUGGGGAAAAUUURGGGAAUAUACUUUCCACACAUGGGAAGGGGUGGGAACUAUUUGUGGGUAGAUUAGGAUCACUAGGUAUAAAGUAAUGCAGCUCCAUAGUCUGAAGUGGAAUGUUUUUAGUGCACACUUUUAGGUCUUACAMGUAGUUUUUCACAAUCUGGUCAUGUGACUUCUUUUGUCAAUCCAAGAUUUGUGUAACAAAGCAAAAGCAUUUUCUCAAAAAGAAUGAUGAACACCCUAAUUAAAAUUUUGGUUUCAUUGGUAUGUAUGUAUGUUACMAAGAAGUUUAUGGUAUUAAAUUGUAUUUGUUUUGUAGAGUUUGUUUUCAAAACAAAUAACAACGACGAGAAACUUGCUUUUGUUUCAAUUUGCUAAUGUUUUUCCUGCUUUUUUUUUAUUACAUGUAAAACUGGUAGAGAUGUUUUCAAUAUUGCUAGUUUGUUUUGAGUUACUAUUAUUCACUUUAAUUUUUUGUUYGUAUUGAUAAAGAUGCUACUUAACUUGGGGUUAAAAAUAGAGUCACAAACCUAUUUUGGGAACUUUUAGCAGCUACAUCAAUGCAUUAACAUAAAAAAGGAUUACUGGUUUUUUAGAUAGGCAAAACAGCUUAAUAGAUUUAAAGGCAUUCRGGAUAGAACUUAACAGGUUUAAGUAUUGAUGUUUUUUUUUGUAGUAUUUUUGAUAGAUUUAGACAGUAUUUUUAGUUGUUUGCCAAGACAGUGGAAGACCUGCCAUUGUUGUAGAUGAAAGCAAAAGAGUAGAGUCUAUAUAUACGUAGGAUAAUUUCCCAACUAGAAAGAUCCAAAUUCUAAUGGGAGGCAAACCACUGAAAUCUUGAAAACAUAUGGCCACCAAUGCUGAGCAUUACCAGAAUCAGUCAAUGUUCUCAAUCACCGCUUUCAGUGUCAGGGACCUUUUUUACACUCUAGUAGAUGAACUUGUUUACAUGUUUAUUUUUAAUUAAGAUGAGAAUAUAGGUAAUUUUAGUGUAAGGGGUGACAUUAAGGGUUUGGUUUUCAUUAAUUUGUGAGAAUAGAAAAGAGGCACAUGUAAAUCAAAGAAUACAGAACUAGUAGGAGUAGCACAUAAAGUUCACUGUGUUAUCAGGUUUAAGAUAACACAGUAGUCCAGGGGUAUCCUAAUGUCAAAUGGGAAUGCAUCAUUGUCAGCUUGUAGUUUCGUAUUUUAUUCCAACAUUUGUACUGUAGCUCUAUGAUUCAUUGUUUUGAUAAUUUGGUUGGUUUUSCAUGAAUAUGUACAAUACAAAAAAUAUGAAGUUUACUCAUUUAAAUAAUCUAGCAACACCAGUGUUUCAUUUGCCAACUUCAUGUUGAAGGUUGAGAUGGUGAACAAAUAAAAAGGAUUAGAGAGAAAACAGAAAAGAGUAAAUUGCAUUGARCUUGUCAAAUAUAACAUUUGAAGGYARACUCCUUUGUAUGUGUUUCUGAUGCCAGUUUUUCUCUUUGCAUGAAGAMAAUUAUGAAACAAUUACGAAAGAGUCUMGUUUGAAAAAAUGCCAUGAAGAAAACCUUAACAACACAUUUCAAUCUCACAUUAUAUGCAURGUCAUUUUAAGUAUUAUUAAUUAGAAAAAAAGAUAUUUUAUUUAGGAGAUAUUUUGUUAUAAUAUAUACUUAGGUAUCCGUAAAGUACAAAGAAUUAUGUUCUUAGCUAGAUCACACAAAGUGUGUUUAUUGAUGUACAGUAUUUAUAGUUCAAACAGUCAAUUUUUAGAUAUUUAGAAGUUUGCAAUAAUUAGGUGCAGGUAUUUAAUAAAAGACUAUUUUAGGAAAUCCAAGUGAAUACAUGUAUCUACUCCAUAAGGUUUCAAUUCAUAGAAUUAAAGUAGUAUCACCCCAUAAGCAUUCACCUCAACAAACUAGACAUCAUUCGCGUAAUGAUAAUCAUAAUGUAUGUACACCAUACAAUAACUUUUCAGAGAAUGAUUUUGAUUUAAUUUUCAUUUAGGUAUGUGUAUAUAGUCUCAGUUGAUUUAUUUUUAAUGAAUUUGUAGAUUUUGUGUACUACUUUGUGUCAUUUAUUUUAUUACUGAUAGUCAUAAAAAUUGCUUGCAAUGGAAAUAUUUGUAACCCAGAAGUAAACUUUCCUGUUUGYAUYGUAUCCAGGUUUCUUGGUAUUAUUGACUUGUUUUCUGGGGAGGAUAUGCUCUCUUGCAUAAGUGGUAGARAUGCUCAUCGAUUUGGUUUGAGAAUGAACUUAAAASAUAAGCAAUAAGAAACUCAGGUGCUGAAUUCAGACCCUAAGAUGUACRGGCUUGUGAAUAUUAUAUUGCUUUAUGACAUUUUUGAAAAUCUGUUUCUUUCCAGUGUUAACUUAGGAAUUUUAAUAGAGUACAAACAUUAAAUUUGUGCAACACUUUCCACUAUUUACUACAAAAUAGUGUUAAUUAAACAAUAGAAAACAAUAGAAUCAKCAUAAUUUAGCAGUAUUUAGUGGUGUUUAUGUUGCACAGUUUUAGUGUUUGUACUCUAGUUAUCCAUAAUUAGUGCUAAUUAAACUUUUGACAACUUGGCCAAGGCUGUGYAAUGUUCAUUUAAACUGACCCUAAAAGAUAGGAAAAUGUUUGCGAAGGUCAACCAUACACCCUUUUAAAUAAAGGGUGAUAUUAAUAAGAUAUUAAUAAAGUGAGACAUUCUGACUUAGUACAGUUUUGUUCAUGGGUAAAGAGUAUCAUCCACUGCUAACUGCAAGCAACAAUAAGCUUGUACAAUAAUAGCCAUAUCAUAUUGAUAUAACCAUUUUAUAUGGCGGAUGUGCCUCAGUGGUGUCCAUGCAUUCACUAUUAUCUACUGCCCUUUGCAAUCUCCUUUGCAUGUUUUAUUCCAGUUUGACUGAAGACAUCCUUGGACACUCAGGGAAAUUCUUCUGCUACUCUGUCCUUGCUCUCAGAAGGUACAUUUCCCUGUGUUCCUAAGAAUGUACUUACUUAAACAUAGCUUUUUCAUCAAAUCCACUUCCAGGAAACAAUCUAUCAAAUUAGAUUGAGCAGAGUAAAAAAUAGAAUUAGUUUAGAAUAAAUUUUAGACUGGCCAGAAGCUCGAUUUGCCAGCUCUUUCUUUGUAGUAGUUUAAUUUCYGUGUGUAAUUUCYGACCUAAGGAAAGAGAGAAGCAUCUAAAUUGAGCCUAUGGAACCAGGAUAGAAUAAUUUUAGCUUCAUAUGUGAAGGUUUGUGUAUGUAAUGRGCCUUUGAAAAAGGUCGUUGCGGAUUUUGAAUAAAAAGAGAUAUUAURUACUGGCUUGUUCAAUUUAUUGUAAAAAGAUAAUAAAAGUAGWUGCUCUCAA